AUGCUGGAAGGUGCUGAUAACAGAGGAUUCUCUCAGCUACAAAGCUACUUGGGAGAUUGCAGUAGCGAGGAGGAAUUAACGGUACUGCCACGUCAUACAAAAGUGGUAGUCACCGGAAACAACCGUACUAAAUCGGUUCUCGUUGGUCUUCAAGGCGUUGUUCAGAAAGCUGUCGGACUCGGUGGUUGGCAUUGGCUGGUUUUAACAAAUGGAAUCGAAGUGAAGUUGCAGAGGAAUGCGCUGAGUGUCAUCGAAGCUCCUACAGGGAAUGAAGAAGACAAUGAUAUUGAAGUCGAGCAUCCGCAAUGGAAUCCUUCAGACAUGACAUGUGAAGACAAUUUGAAGCCUCACAAGUCGAAGCAAAGAGGAUACAGAUCAGCGCGGUUAUCACAUAAGGCAAUGUGUAGGGCCUUAUCUUGUGACUCACAGUCUAAAAGCUCGAGUGUUACUCCUCGUGUGAACAUGAAGGUUGAUCUUAGCAAGUUGGAUAUGCCUGCAUUACAGAGAUACAUACGACAUUUUAACCUCGUGGAUACACUUCCUAACCCGUCAAAAGAGCAACUACUUGACAUUGUUCAAAGACACUUCAUGUCACAGGAAAUGGAUGAGCUUCAGGUUAUUAUGGGAUUCGUUCAAGCUGCCAAAGGAAUGAAGAAAGCAUGCAGGUCGAAAUCAAGAGAACACCACCAGAAACACUGAUCUUAACUGCAACAUCUAAAGCUCUUAAAAUAGACUAACAUACUCGCUGGUCACAUAUUUUUAGCCAUUCUGUGGCCUAGAAGUUUGAGUAUAGUAGUUGUUAAACUCUGCCUCUGAUGCGUUAACAGUAGAUGUUGUUAUUGCUCUCACUCAUGUAAGUACAUCAAGAAGCAAUGACCUGAAAACAAAGAAAGGCUUCAUAUCUCUAAUUAAGCAUAUUGCA